CUGCUUUUUUCGUUAUUGUCAAAAUACAACAUUUGGUAAAGUAAAAAAGAAUGAUACGUACACCAAAAUGGACGGAGCGCAAAAAAAUAAAAAAUACGCCAGAACCACACAAUCGCAGCUGAAAUGGUAUGUUGAAUUCAUACAAAGUAAUCGACAGAUACUAAGCGGGAAGAACACGCCAAAUGAUCCUCAAGCUCAGAAUUUAUAUUCAUUUUAUGGGCCGAAUAAAACUGCCGCAAAAUGGAAAGAGUCUUUAAGCAACUGGAAGAAGCAGCUCUGCGCUCGGGCUCGAAAGCUAAAAGCCGAACACUUGCGCACUGACGGAGGUUCGUUUUCAGGCGAAGAGUUAUCGGAGUUCGAGGAACAAGCUCUUUCUGCAUUUGGCAUGGGCGCAGUCAAUGGAUUGGAGUGCGUAACUUCGGGUCUUCCUGGCACAUUCACAAUUCCUGCGACUCCAUCACCACUAUGCGGAGAGGAAGAAUACGUGAUUGUGGAAACGCUGAUCGAAUCGCCAACCGAGUUAACCGUAGACCCAAAUAUUAUAUAUACAACAUUGCCGCAGCAUCUGAUGCAUGGCCUUCGAUUGAUCCUACCACUUCUCGGCAACAAAAAGUGACGAUACAAUUUAUAAGAUGAUGGCUGAAGAUUUGCAGUCUCAAAGGCAUAUAGAUGAGCAUCUAUCUUUUGCAUUGAUGCAAAUGGGGAAAGGGUUGGAGAUUUUGGGCAAUGCAAUCUCAAAAUUAGUCGAUAAGCUGUAGUUAGUUUUUUUAUUAGCUACAUAAGGGAAUUUUUUUUUUACCAAAUGAAUUGCUAUAAGUUUUUUAAGUGUUUGUCUAGAAGACAUGUUAGUUAGUAGUAUUAAGAUUUAUGUAAAUAUGUGUAUAGCCAUGCCUGAAUAAAAAAACAAUGGAGACUGAAUUUGUACCUAUGUACAUGGGAUUAGUUUUAAAACCAAUCCAAAAAUUACUUCACGGAGUACCUUCAUGGGAUUAAAACUACUUCACAAAAUUACUCCAUGGAGUACUUACAUGAGAGCACCUACCGGAUAUUUCUUUUUCAUAAGUAUGUAGUUACUAAAAACAAAAAGCUUAAAGAGUGUAAAUUUUUAUUAUAUUUAAAAAAAUAUUUGAAUUCAAAUAAUAAUGAAAGCAUUAACUAUGAAAUUCAUUUCGUUUGAAAACAAAAAAACUUACUUUACUUAAAAGUAUAUUUAUAAAUAUUUGCACGUAUAAUGACAUUCAAGGCGAAAUAAAAAUAUAUCAUAUUGACUUCAAAAAUUUCAAAUUAAAUUUCGUUUUAUAAACUCAAAAUUACUAUAUAUUCAUCUUAUAUGCUAUUGCUA